GGGCCAACUAACCAAUCCGCCUCUAAUGGAGCCCGGAGACAAAAAUACCUCCAGCAAUGUGUGUCAGUGUGUGUGUGCGAUCCCACUGUUAUUUCUCCGUCCGAGGUGCGCUCUAAUAAUAGAGCAGGCAGACUUCUCCUUUAAGGCCCUUCUUGUUGCACUGCCACCUCUUCAACAUAGUUUGUAGUAAAAAUGGUAAUCAAAGUUUUUCUCGCCACUUCCUCUGGAUCGACAGCGAUCAAAAAGAAACAGCAAGAUGUGGUCGGCUUCCUGGAGGCUCUGAAAGUGGAAUACGCUGAGCUGGACAUUGCCUGCAAUGAGCAGAACCGCAUGUGGAUGAGGCAAAAUGUCCCAGAGGAGAAGAAGCCCUCCAACGGCAUCCCACUCCCUCCACAGAUUUUCAAUGAGGAGAGCUACUGUGGGGAUUAUGACACAUUUUUUGAUGCAAAGGAAGACAACACGGUGUAUGCCUUCCUAGGGUUGCCCCCUCCUCCUGGCUCGAAGGAAGCAUUGCAGGCUGAGAAGGAGCACAUUAUGCAAAACGGAACCCAUGCAGAGGAAAAUCCUGACGACUCAGUAAAGCAUAAUGGGGAUGCACAAGAAGGAGAGGAGGAGGGACAGGCAGGUGAUGAGGAAGAAGGAGAGGGUGGACGAGCAGAUGAUGAAGCCACCGAACUAGAAACAUCAAGGGGAGAGGGAGAGGAAGAGGAGGCGGCUGCAGAGGAAGGAACAGAUGAGGAAGCACAAGAAGAGGAUGAAGAGCAAGAGGAAGAAGAACUACAACAGCUUGAGCAGGACCAAGAAGAACAAGGCAGUGAGGAAGAAGAAGAAGAUGCAGGAUUACAAGAGGGAGAAGAGGAGGCUGAGUAGUUACAGUGAUGUCAAGAUGAAGAGCAUCUACUGUCCUGCCCGAAGGAGCUCCCUAUUCCAUCUCUGCCUAACCUCAGACGUUUGUCCCACCGUCCCCUCAAACUUGUUGGCCAGCAACUCCGCCCACC